UGUAAAGUUGGCUUGUUUCCCCGAAAAUAAUCCACCUGCCAUAUUUCUCUCCUAAAAAUCGUACUACUUAAUUCACCCUAAAAAGGUUUAUCGUACAAACAAAUAAAUCACAUGUUUGAUGUGAAUGUAUAUAAUAUAUAUCUGAAGAAAUGAAUUGGUGCGAAAAACCGGUGUCAAUGGGUCGGAUCGUUUGCCCCAAACCUCGUCGGGCCGGGCCAACCUCCGUCGUCAGCCCUUCCAUGGUGCCUUUGAGAGUUCACAUUCGUGACGAUGCUGAGUUGAAAGCCGGUGCUGAAUUGCUUGGGUUAAUCCUCCAAAAGGAGGAUCUGAAAGCAGAGCAAAAUUCGUCGCCGUUUCUGUUUGGAUCUCCUCCAUGCAGAACGUCGAAUCCUGUAGUACAAGACAAACAUUUUGGUGUUGGAACGUUUGCGUCCACAUGCAAAUCCCCUACAGAUUCUGCUUUUCAACGAUUGGCUCAUCAUACACGAGAGCACAUCGGGAAGAAACAAGAACCUGUAAGAGUGGAAGGUUUUAACUGCCAAAGCGCCGUUCAUUUUCCGCGGCGAAUAAUUCAUUAACUGUACAUAGUGAAUGAAUAUUUGAUGUGUACUGAAGGACGAAGGGGGGGACGAUGAAAUAAAAGAAGAUAAAAGCAAUGAAAAUUUGCUGUUUUAGAAAAUAGUUUAGUUGAAAUCGUACAUAUAAUUUCGAUGGGAUAGUCGGAGCUUUUCUCGAUGCCUUUGUAGUAAGUAGUCUAGUGAAAAGGUAAUUUUUUGAGACAAUUCUUAGUUAUAACUGGGUUUUCCUAAUUACUCCCAGAGGAGAUACUUUGUAAACAUUUUACUUGUAAAUAUAAUAAAAGUUUACUUUUUUAGCUUCUUCAGGUAACCUAUUUAUGAAAAAUUCUUUUCAUUUGUUGUGUUAACGGGUUUUGUAGACGCUACACUCGAAUGAAAUAUAUUGGGUAGUUUUUGCGUAAAAUACGAGAGUAUAUAUAUGUGCAUGCGUAUACGGUGCAAUAAUAUCUGGUAGACUUCACCACGUGUAGUACAAGACUAAAAAAAAACCGUUUUAACGGUCGUUGCAACGAAUGACUAGGAUCCGAAUAUUUCUAAAUAAAUUCCUUCAUUCUUAAAGAAACAUGCUCACAAAUACUACCACAAAUCAAACACUCGAAAAACGAAAAAAAAAAAAAA